UAAGAUGGGAAAAUUGAAACGUUCGAAAACGUUACACGUGAAUUCGAAACCAAAAUCUAGUGUUACAAAAUAAUUUCUUUAUUCACUAAAAUGGCCGACACAUUACCAGUCAAAUUAGUUUAUUCUCAAAUUUGCAAGCAAGGAGCUGUAAGAGCAGUCCGUUUUAAUGUGGAUGGCACCUACUGCCUGACAUGUGGAAGUGACAAAAGUGUAAAACUAUGGAACCCUCACCGCAAGCUGCUCUUGAAGUCCUACAUGGGUCAUGGGUUUGAAGUGCUUGAUGCCCAGAGCUCGAGUGAUAACAGCCAGAUCUGUUCAUGCAGCAUGGACAAGACUGUCAUGGUGUUUGAUGUGGCUUCAGGAAAGUCUUUGCGGAAAUACAGGGGACAUGCAGGAAUUGUAAACUGUGUAAGGUUCAAUGAAGAGUCAUCACUGGUGCUGUCUGGGUCCAUUGACAGCACUGUCAAGAUCUUUGACCUCAAAUCUAGGAAAAUGGAACCUGUACAGGUUCUGGAUGAGGCCAAGGACAGUGUCACUUGCAUUCAGGUGUCAGACCAUGAGAUCCUGACAGGCUCAGCAGAUGGAAGAAUCAGGCGAUAUGAUCUCAGGGUGGGAAAGCUGUGUACAGAUCUUAUUGGAAAAUCCGUGACAAGUGUAACAUUUACCCGUGACAGCCAGUGUGUGUUAGUCUCCACCCUGGACAGCAGCCUCAAACUCAUUGACAAGGGCACAGGGGAGAUGCUUAAUGAGUAUGUCGGUCACAAGAACACAGAUUGCAGAAUAGACAGUUGUCUCAAUGCCAAGGACACCCAUGUAUUUAGUGGAUCCGAGGAUGGCUCUGUGUAUAUCUGGGAUCUUAUUGAGGGUAAGGUCGUCCACCACCUACCUCAUGAGGGUCAGAAGGUCGUGCACUCGUUGACCUUUCACCCCUCUGACAACUGUCUUGUCACGGCGGCAGGGGACUCUAUGUACGUCUGGAAGUCCAAGUAUGCUCCCAGCAUCGACACAUGAGCUGACCAAAUCUCUGGUGUAAGAAGACUUGAAAAAUGAAAAUAUACCUGGAUGAAAUGGAGAAGCCAUGAAAUGUUCAUGAGCUGUGGUCCUGCGGAUGUGGUUAUGAAUGGACUAUGUUUUGUGCAAAGAUAGAGUCUCAGUUCAUGGCUUGAACAGCAAAUCAUACCCUUUUUGGUCAGAAAAUCCAGUCCAUUCUUUUGAAAACAUGAGACAAACACUGCGGUAUAGGGAUCGGAGACUGUGUAUCUUUCACUGCAAGAAAUAUUGUGGACCAAGAAGCCAAGUUUAAUUGUGAGAGAACUGAUAAUUAUCCUCGCUGAAACUCAGAGCCAAUGAGUACAUAUUAAUUCACAGAAUGUACAUUCUACCUACCUACCUUGUCUACCUUGUGUCUUCUAGGGAAAUGUUUAGCCAUUUAGGCUAGUUGAUCCCUUUAGACUACUUCUGUGCAAAUCUCCACUCCGGUCUGAUUGUUUAUUAAUGAAAAUAUUGAUGAAUUCACUCCGGUUUGAUUGUUUAUUAAUGAAAAUAUUGAUGAAUUCACUCCGGUCUGAUUGUUUACUGAUGAAAAUAUUGAUGAAUUCACUCCGGUCUGAUUGUUUACUGAUGAAUUUUUUGAUGAUUUUAAUACAUAUCACUUAGAUCAAAACGUUUGUGUGCCCAUAACUUAUCCAGUUGUGAUUUAAAACUGUUCACGGUGCUGCAUGUAACAACAUUUUGUGGAAGGCCGUUCCAAGUGGAUAUAGUACGAUGUCCGAAAGAAUUUAAUCAAAUAGACUUGUGAGCUUUAGGCUUUGCAAGCUUCAAACAGUGACCUCUUGUUCCACUAUUGUCCGCAAAAUUGAAAAAUACACUUGCAUUGAUAUCAUCAACUUGGUGAAUAAUUUUGAAAACUUGUAUCAUAUCAAAUCUUUUUCUACGGUAGUCCAAUAGUGGGAGAUUCAAAACCAGAUGGCUCGAUAUCGCUUGGCUCCAUUUCCUCGUUGGCUGGAACUUGAUGUAAGAAUCAAUUUUGUUUAACUCUUUGUAAGCAUUACCGCUUGGCUCAAUAUUCGCGAUGCUAGAAUUAUUUUUGCUGGUCCCUGGGAUAUCAAGCAAACAGGUUUCGACUGUAGUUAUUAGUAAAUGGACAUACUCUCCAAUACAUGUAUUAUGAAGUAUUCAAGAAUCUGGUAUUCUGAAUAUCUAGUUAUUUAGGUUGGUAUCAUAAGUAAAAGAUUUAAGUGCAACCAGUGAAAGUACAUGUAGUCCAAGGAAAAAAUUGACAACACAUUAGACCUAAGAUUUUGCUAGAAUUUGAUAUUCUUGCAUUAAGUCAAGUCUUUUUAAGCACUUGACCAGUGCUGGAAAAUCAAGCUUCCACCCAGCUUGAAAGGCGAAAGAUGAGUUACGCGCUACAACAAUCUAAUUUUGAAUAUUUAGUGUUUACAAAAAUAAGAUUACAUGUAAUUCAAUUUUGACGUUUCAAAAUAGCAAAAUAAAAAAAAGUUGUUUUUUUUAGUAGGAUGAAAACAUUUAAAAGUUAUUAGAUCUUUGUAUAAAUGUGGUCAUUAGAACACUUGAUACUCAUAUUCCUAGGCCUCUACAAGGUUCCAGUUUUUUCAAAAUAAUUUCAGUAGAAACUUGAUAACUCAACUCUUUUUUCCAUUCAGCAAGAUAUUUUAUAAGCUUCAAAGCUUCCUUUUCAAUCAUGUCAUGAUUGUAUUGUUAUGUGCUUAUAUCACUUGUUUCCUUUUCAUGUAUUAAUAAUUAUUGAAACAGUAAACUCUUUGAUUAUGCUCAAACAUUGUAUAUAUAUCUGGAAACUGAAAAUGUUAUACUGAAAUAAACAUUGUUAA